AUGUCAUUACCAACUCUCUACUAUUUUGAUGCCAAAGGUCGGGCUGAGUAUGCCAGAUUACUCUUAGCCUUUGCUGGUGUUGAUUACACUGACUCUAGAUUCCCAUACCCAGGUAUUCCCGCUGAAGUCGCCGCCAAAACAACUUUUGGUCAAGUUCCUCAUUACACAGAUGGUGAUAUUGAAUUGUCUCAAUCAUUGGCCAUUGAAUUGUAUUUGGCUAGAAAGCAUGGUUUAUUAGGAUCGAAUGCCGUUGAUGAGGCCAAAAUUAUCAGUUAUGCAUUAUCCACUGGAGAUAUCUUCCAAGCUUUCCUCAUGGCACAACAAGGUGGACCAGAAGCAAUGGAGAAAUACAAAAAUGAAAUCGCUCCACGCUACUAUCGAGUUUGGGAAAAGAUUCUCAGAGAGAAUGGUUGUAAGCAUAUCUAUGGUAAAAGCAUCACCUAUGCUGAUAUUGUUAUCUUUGGCUCCAUCGAUUAUGUACUCUCAAUGGAUUCUAAUAGAUUCGAAAAAUUCCCAUCUUGUCUUGAAUUCCAUCGUCAUAUGCUUGAAGUUCCUGCAAUUAAAAAAUAUUUAGCAAGCAGAAAAGUAACUCCAUUCUAA